CAAAACCCCUCUCUUUUAUCCCACAAAAUUGCUAGAAAAUAGAAAUGGAUAAACCCUAACACCAAUGAUGGCCAUGGCAGCAAUUCAUUUCCUUCCAUCUUCCCUUUCUCAGCAUUCUCACUCUCUAGCCCUCAACUCUCUUACCCAUUUCAAAGUAUCAACCUUUUUACCCAAACACCGUUACGUUUGCCACCCAAAUCCGCCAAAGUCCUCCUCCGCCGAUGACCACACCACCACUCAACAACCCUCAAAAACCUCCCGCCGUGCCCUGAAAAAGACUUCACCUUCUUCAAAGCCCAGAGGUCGUCCAAAAAAAGAACCUCAAAGUGAAACCAUAGAAUCUGUCGCUACAAAAAGGUCCAGGGCUCGUCCAAGAAAAGAAACUCAAAGUGACACCGAAGAAUUUGAGUCCUACGUUGAGCCUCCGGUAAAUGCUGACGAGGUAGACGAUUACGACGACGGUGUCGAUUUUCCCUACGAAUCCCCGCCUCUGAUAUGCUGCUUCGGGGCGGCCCAGAAGGAGUUCGUGCCCACGGUGAGGGUGGCGCCGGAGCAAAUGGACCCGGAUAUAUAUUCCGAAUGGAAGAUGCUGCAGUGGAACCCGCCGGAGUUCGUCAGAGCUCCGGGAGGGCCGCCGUCAAAUGUGGCUAUAUCUCACGUGAGGCUGGGUGGGAGAGCCGCGUUUAUGGGGAAAGUCGGGGAUGACGAGUUUGGGGAAGAGAUGGUUCUAUUGAUGAAUAAUGAGAAAGUGCAAACGAGGGCCGUGAAAAUUGAUGGAAAUGCGAGGACAGGUUGUUCCUAUAUGAAAAUCAAGUUUGAGAAUGGGAAAAUGAAGGUGCAGAAAGUUAAGGACUGUGCUGAAGAUUCUUUGCUCAGCUCUGAAUUGAAUCUUGCUGUGCUCAAAGAGGCUAGAAUUUUCCAUUUUAAUUCAGAAGUCCUAACAUCUCCCACUAUGCAUUCCACCCUUUUCAAAGCAAUUUCAUGGUCAAAAAAGUUUGGUGGCCUUAUAUUCUUUGAUUUGAAUCUGCCACUGCCUUUGUGGAAAUCGCGGGAUGAGACUUGGGAAGUGAUCAAGGGAGCCUGGGAGCAAGCAGAUAUCAUUGAAGUUUCAAGGAGCGAGCUAGAAUUUCUUCUUGACGAAGAUCAUUAUGAACAUAAAAGAAACUAUAAACCUCAAUACUUUGCUGAGGAUUUUCAGCAAACCAGGAAGAUAAGAAACUAUUACCACUAUAGCCGGGAAGAAGUAGCUCCAUUAUGGCAUGAUCGUUUGAAGUUUUUGUUCGUGACGGAUGGAACCCUUCGGCUUCAUUAUUACACCCCGUCUUUUGAGGGGGUUGUAGUCGGGACUGAAGAUGUACUUAUAACGCCAUUCACGUGUGACAGAACCGGUUCUGGGGAUGCUGUUGUUGCGGGAAUCAUGAGAAAACUCACGACUCAGCCAGAGAUGUUCGAGAACCAAGAUGUUUUGGAGAGGCAACUUCGAUUUGCUAUUUCUGCAGGGAUAAUAUCCCAGUGGACGAUUGGCGCUGUAAGGGGUUUUCCCACUGAAAGUGCCACACAGAACCUGAAAGAACAAGUCUAUGUGCCAUCAAUGUGGUAAAAUUUCAGUUACAUUGAAUAGAAAUUGUUGUUUGGUAGCCUUAUUAUUUAUGAAUCCUUCCUCCAA